AUGUCAGACAUUAUUCCAGAGUGGGCUCACACUUUAUGUGACCCUAAUCAUCCAAAAAAAGCGCCUGCGGUUAAUUCAAAGUCUCUUCCCUCUCCCCCGGGCUUCAAGUCUCUUUCAGGGUCUUCUUCAAAAGACACAAAAGCAUCAUUAGCAAGCGGCCAGCGGCAAGAUGUUGCUGCCCUAAUAGUACAAAAGGCGUGGCAAAUUGCGUUCCAGCCCGCAAAGUCAAUUCCUAUGAACAUGAUCAUGUCUUACAUGUCCGGAACGUCGUUACAAAUCAUUUCGAUUAUGACAGCUCUCAUGUUCGUGUCUAAUCCCGUGAAAAGCAUUGCGAAUAUGAGACAAACCUUUAAACCGGUGAUGGGAAAUGCGGAAGCGCAGCCCCAGGUUGUCGUCGCGAUGGUUAUGUUCGUCUUCUUUCAAAUUAUCCUCAUGGGCAUUGGUAUUCACAAGCUCAACUCUAUGGGUUUGAUACCUAAUACUAGAAGCGACUGGCUCUUGUUGGAGCAACCAGCCGUUUACAAAGGAAAAUCGUAUGCAUUUUGA